AUGUCAUCUCCUGCUCCUGCUGUCAUCACUGCUCGUAAACGCGCCCGUCAACCCAAGCCUGAAGGUUUAGUUGCUCCUUCCUCUGCACCUGUCAACCACAAGGGUCGGAAGUGUACUGGCUUCGUAAAUACUGCUGGGGAUCCCAGCAUUAGCCAUGGUAAACUUCUUUAUGCCCAAAAGUCAAAUCAUAAGGACUACGCUUAUCCGUGUCUACCUCUCACACAUGGGACAGAUGAAGUUACCAAUGCGGUUGAGGACUUGAAAGUUGUUCUAAACAAGUUCGUGGAUGGAAGUUACGAGUGUUCUGCGACGAAGAAGCAACUAUGUGGUGAAGCUUUGUUGGAGCUCGCAGCUUUGGGCGGUGAUGUAGCAAUCGUGGGAGAUCCGUUCAUGAGGUGUUCUGGAUGUUUGAACGACACAGAAGGUGAUAAUGAAGAUGAAGUUGACGACCACGCUUGUGUAAGCCUGUUGGUCGUAUGUUACGACCCGGAUAAUGUCCUAGGGUCUUAUAGUCCACCUGUCUUUGAUUCAUUAAGAUCGAGUGGUCCGUCUCCGGUGGAGCAAAUUGAUAUUGCGACUCCUUGUUUUUAUUGUCGUGCUCAACCCAACGUGUCGUGCUCGUUUAACAUCGACACUCAUCUCGGCAAACAUCCCAAAGGUGUUGUCAAGAAGGACGCUGCCGAUCAUGUCUUGGAGAAGAGUCUUUUGGGUCGACAAAUGUUGGCAGCUUCGGGAUCGUUGAAGCCUUCAGAAAAGAAACACUUCCUGAGUGCGUGGGGGGAGUUGGAAGGAUUUGUGCGUAACAUGAAGAAAACAGGCAAAUCGAAGGCUUCCUUGUUGUCCAAGGCUCCUGAUUGGGUGACGUUUAUGUUGGAUGAGGAUGACGAGUACGAAGAUUGA